AACACUGCUAGGCGAUAAAUGAUAUCGAACUAUCCAAACGCAUUGGAUCGUGCCUCAAAAGUUAAGCCGUAGGGUUUAAUCAUUGAGUCGACCAAAUUCGCGAGCAGCGCACGCGCUCCUAUCGACAUGGCGACAGCCGGCGGAUACGAUACGUGGUUGCAAUGGUUGGUGCAAACGAAUGAUUUGAAGCAACUGUGGGCAGCGCAACCCACAUACAUCCUUUCGCAGGCGGUUUACACUAUAGCUGGACUAGUCACACUGUGGCACGCUUUCAGCAAGGGUGGCAGAUGGCCGUACCUCUGGUUGGGCACGAUCCUCCACGGAGUCUUCACAGACAAUUUCUGGCACUUUGCUCUACCGGAAUACGACAACUUCUGGCACUCCCAGACACCUAUCAUCUUCCUGGGAGGAAGAUUGCCUCUUCAUAUUAUCCUUUUAUACCCCGCUUUCAUAUACCAUGCCGUCUACGCAGUCUCCAGAUUGAAUCUCCCUAAAUACGCGGAGCCGUUCGCGGUGGGUCUAGUGACGGUCCUAGUGGACAUCCCCUACGACAUUACAGCCGUGAAGUUCGUCCACUGGACGUGGCAUGACACAGACCCCAACAUAUAUGACCGCCACUACUGGGUGCCAUGGAACUCCUACUACUUCCACGCUGCAUUUGCUGCGAGUUUCUACUACUUCUUCAUCGCGAGCAGAUCUUGGUUCGCUCCGAAGGUUGCGCAGUGGGAUUCUGCUGACAAGAAGUCCGAAUGGAAGGCGCUGCUGAUCUCGUCGCUGCUGGGCAUGCCGGGCGGAGUGCUCCUGUUCAUCCCUAUCUACCACCCCCUACAUGACGUGUUCAAGAUCCACUCCGAAGUCACCUUCUUCCUGCUGUUCGCUAUCUUCGCCGUCAUUGUGCUUGCUGGACUCUUGACUGACAGGGAGAAGACUUCCAAAAAGUUAACAGCAAUCGACUACGUGCUGAUCCUGCAGCUGGCGGUACAUUACCUGCUGUACUUGAGCUUCACGAUAUUCUUCAACCCUGAGCAGGAGUGGUCGCUAGGACUGCAUGAGCCAGUGGGGCCGUGCAAUGAAGUAGCUACGCUCACCACACCGUUCGGACAGGUGCUGGAGAAACGUAAAUAUUUCUGCCCAACGGACUACAAUGAGGACUAUUUCGAUUUCCAUUGCGUCAAGGAAUUGCCCAAAAAUGGAGCCACCUGGUACGUCGUGUGCGGAACACCAUUUGAAAACCGCGCUGAAUACAUCACCGUGCUUUCUACAAUCCUCGUGGUAGCUUCUGGAGUGUUCUACAGCUUAUACUUCAAGACUGGUGGGGCCCCUGCAGCCGCUCCCAAGAAACUCAAGAAAAAAUAAACUUUUGAAUAGGUUAUACCUAUCUAUUUUUAGUGCAGUCGAUGAAAAACAAAUAUUCGAUCAAGUUUUUGCGAGUUUCCUAACACAAAUGUGUAAACUAUGCACUUUUUGUUAUAUGGAAAUAUUUCAUGGGAACAUAUUUGAAUUUAAAUUACCAUCCUUCUGUCUUUUUCUCAACACUCGACUCAUUUUCCAUCAAUGUGAGCCAAAACGUACACAAUUACAUAUUUCGAUAUCGUGGGAUCUCUCAACUCAAUAUUGUGUGCUCAGUGUGAUCGUUUAUUGAAUAAUUUGUUACAUUGAAGACAUUUUUUAAUUUAUUUUUAUGAUAAUUAAAUGAAUUUGUGAAUCUUA